UGCUCUGGGAGCACACACAAACUUACGUUGUCUUACCACGGCUCUCGUUCCUGCUUGCCUCUUUCUAUGAGCAGCUGGAGCAGAGCGGACGAAACUGCCAGGACUGUUGUUGUCGAGGCGGCAGCGCCUUUCGAGGGCUCAGGAAUGAUUUAAUCACGGAAAACCGGGACGCGGAGGGGGGGGAAACGGAGAAAGAGAAAACGGGAGCGGAGAAGAAGAACAGCAGCCUCGGAGAUGUGUGUUGGGGCCGAGAUUUCAGCGGUGGGUUGGUAACCCUGUCUAGGCCUGGACCGUGCAGAUUAUUCUUAGGGGAAACUGAUAACAAACAGAGGAAGUGAACAUGGCUGGGACCUCUGGCUUCUUUUCCAAUGGACCUGUUCCGUGGAUGGACAACGACACAGAGAUGAACAACCUUUACAGAGACUUGGAGCUUGGCACUGUACUGACAUUGUUUUAUUCCAAGAAAUCUCAGCGACCUGAAAGACGAACUUUUCUAGUAAAACUGGAGACCAGGACUAUAAUCUGGACACGGAGCACAGAUAAAAUCGAAGGAGAAAUUGACAUCCGGGAGAUCAAGGAGAUCCGUUCGGGUCAGAAGUCCCGGGACUUCGAGCGCUACACAGAAGACCCGUCAGUACGGCUGGACCAAGCUCACUGCUUUGUCAUUCUGUAUGGCACAGAGUUUCGCCUCAAGUCCCUCAGCCUCGCAGCAACAUCGGAUGAGGAGAUGACCAUGUGGGUGAAGGGGUUAAACUGGCUUUUGGCUGACACACUGAAGUCCUCAACACCACUUCAAAUAGAAAGGUGGUUACGCAAACAGUUCUAUGCAGUUGAUCGCAACAGGGAAGACAGGAUAUCCUGUAAAGAUCUGAAGAACAUGCUGAGCCAGGUCAACUACAGAGUGCCCAACAUGAGGUUCCUCCGGGAGAAAUUUCCGGACUUGGAGUUGAGGAACGGAGACGUGUCCUUCAGCCAGUUUGAGCAGCUGUACCGUAAUCUGAUGUUUGAUGCUCAGAAAAAUAUGGAGAUUCCACUUCUGCAAAGCUUCACUGAAAGACCUGACAGGAGGAUUUUACUAGAGGACUUCAAGAGCUUCUUGAUUGAGUCCCAAAAUGAACUCUGGGCCACAGACAACAACAAGGUUCAGGAGUUUAUGUUUGACUAUCUGAAACAGCCCCUAAGAGAAGUGGAGCAGCCUUAUUUUCAACAAGAUGAGUUCCUCACAUACCUUUUCUCCAAAGAGAAUUCCAUUUGGGAUUCCUCCCUAGACCUAGUCUGUCCAGAGAACAUGAACAAUCCUUUGUCCCACUACUGGAUCUCCUCUUCGCACAACACCUACCUGACGGGAGACCAGUUUUCUAGUGAGUCAUCGUUGGAAGCUUAUGCUCGCUGUCUGAGAAUGGGCUGUCGCUGUAUUGAGUUGGACUGCUGGGAUGGUCCAGACACAAUGCCAGUCAUCUACCACGGACACACCCUCACAACAAAAAUAAAAUUUAUUGAUGUCCUGACGACAAUCAAAGAACACGCCUUUGUCACGUCAGAGUAUCCCAUCAUCCUCUCCAUUGAGGACCACUGUAAUAUUGUGCAGCAGAGAAACAUGGCAUCUCAGUUCAAGAAGGUGUUUGGAGACAUGCUGCUGACCAAGGCGGUGGACAUGGCAGCAGAUAACCUGCCCUCACCCAACCAGCUCAAGAGAAAGAUCAUCAUCAAGCAUAAGAAGCUUGCUGAAGGCAGUGCUUAUGAGGAGGUGUCCACCUCCACCCCCUACUCGGAGAAUGAUAUCAGCAACUCUAUUAAAAACGGCCUCCUGUACCUGGAGGAUCCUGUUAACCAUGAGUGGUAUCCUCAUUUCUUUGUCCUGACCAACAGUAAGAUCUACUACUCAGAAGAGACCUCCAGUAACCAGGGCAACGAUGAAGAAGAGGAACACAGAGAGGUGGCUUCUAGUAUGGACCAGCACGUGACAGAGAAGUGGUUCCAUGGAAAGCUUGGCGCUGGACGCGAUGGGCGGCAGAUAGCAGAGAGGCUGCUGACUGAAUACUGCCUUGAGACUGGAGCUCCUGACGGUACUUUUCUGGUGCGGGAGAGUGAAACUUUUGUUGGAGACUACACUCUCUCUUUCUGGCGCUCGGGGAGGGUGCAGCACUGUCGUAUCCACUCGCGCCAGGAGGCGGGCAGCCCCAAGUUCUACCUGACCGACAACCUCGUGUUUGACACGCUCUUUGCUCUGAUCAGUCACUACCAGCAGGUGCCACUACGCUGCAAUGAAUUUGAGAUGAAACUGACAGAACCAGUGCCUCAGACCAAUGCACAUGAGAACAAAGAGUGGUACCAUGCUAACUUAUCCAGGAGCCAUGCAGAAAACAUGCUGAUGAGGGUUCCUCGUGAUGGAGCUUUCCUCAUCAGGAAAAGAGCAGAACCAAACUCUUAUGCCAUCUCCUUCAGGGCUGAGGGUAAGAUCAAACACUGUCGAGUUCAGCAGGAGGGCCAGACCGUGCAGUUGGGCACCUCCGAGUUUGACAGCCUAGUAGAUCUCGUCAGUUAUUUUGAAAAGCACCCUCUGUAUCGCAAAAUGAAGCUGCGCUAUCCCAUCAACGAGGACACUCUGGAAAAAAUAGGCACUGCUGAGCCAGACUAUGGUUCUCUGUAUGAGGGAAGGAAUCCUGGCUUUUAUGUGGAGGCUAAUCAAAUGCCAACUUUGAAGUGCACAGUGAGAGCGAUGUACGAGUAUAAAGCCCAGCGAGACGACGAACUCUCCUUCACCAAGGACACCAUCAUUUCUAAUGUUGACAAACAGGAAGGUGGCUGGUGGAAAGGUGAUUAUGGAGGAAAGAAGCAGUUCUGGUUUCCUGCAAACUAUGUGGAGGAAAUCAGUCCAUCAGCAGCAGAGCCUGACAUAACUGACAUGACAGAAAACAGUCCUCUGGGAGAUCUGUUGAGAGGAAGCGUGGAUUUGUCUUCCUGUCAGAUUGUUCCGCGCCCCGAGGGGAAGGGCAACAGGCCGUACGUCUUUUCUCUGGUUCUGAAUACCAACAUGCGCACAAUCCUGGACGUGUCUGCCACCAAUCAGGAGGAGCUUAAGGAAUGGAUGAACAAGAUUCGUGAAGUUACCAUGACCUCGGAGGCCAAGCUGGAGGAAGGGAAGAUGAUGGAGAGGAGGAAGAAGAUUGCUCUAGAGUUGUCAGACCUGGUCAUCUACUGUCGGCCUGUGCCGUUUGAUGAAGAGAAGAUUGGUACAGAGAGAGCUUGUUUCCGUGACAUGUCGUCCUUCCCGGAAACCAAAGCAGAGAAAUAUGCCAACAAGAUUAAAGGGAAGAAGUUCCUUCAGUACAACCGACUACAACUGUCCAGGAUCUAUCCAAAGGGGCAGCGACUAGACUCCUCUAAUUAUGACCCUCUACCCAUGUGGCUCUGUGGUUCUCAGCUGGUUGCACUUAAUUUUCAGACAGCAGAUAAGCCCAUGCAGAUGAACCAGGCACUGUUCAUGCUAAAUGGAAGGAAUGGUUACGUUCUUCAGCCUCCCAUCAUGAGGGACGACAGCUUUGAUCCUUUUGACAGAAACACGCUAAGAGGCAUCGAACAAGUCACUCUAGCGAUAGAGGUCUUGGGCGCCCGGCACUUGCCAAAGAAUGGACGAGGCAUUGUUUCCCCUCUGGUUGAGAUUGAGGUGUGUGGAGCAGAGUACGACAACUCCAAGCAAAAAACUGAGUCAACAGUUGAUAAUGGGCUGAACCCCAUGUGGCCAAAGAAGUCAUUCCACUUCACAGUGUACAACUCUGCUUUUGCCUUCCUGCGUUUUCUGGUUAAUGAGGUCGACAUGUUCAAUGACCAGAACUUCCUGGCUCAAGCUACAUUCCCCAUCCAGGGCCUCAAGACAGGCUACCGGUCAGUGCCUUUGAAGAACAGCUACAAUGAGGAUCUGGAGUUGGCUUCUCUGUUGGUCCACCUGGAUGUCAUCAGAGGCAGGAAUGAAAAUGGCGACAUUCCAAGCUCGUUCCUGGUUGGGAGCACACCAGUCACAGCAUCAGCCCACGGAGGGCGGGAACGUUUUGGGGAGCUGAGCUCCGUGUCCUCCACGUCCUCCAGCAUGUCUUCUCUGCCCCAGUCGCCAGCUCAGGCCAUGGCUUACCGGGGGCGGGAGGGCUCUUUUGAGUCCCGCUACCAGUCCCCGCUAGAGGACUUCAGGGUGUCUCAGGAGGCUCUGUUUGACCACAUGGACCCACAGAAUAGAAGGAUGCUGCUGCGGACCAAAGUGAGCGGAGAAAACCGUGUCUGAGUCCGAGCCAAUCAGGUCUCAGUCCCGUUGCAGCCCCUCCCUGCGACCGUUUCCCCCUCUUUCUAUGCUGAUGAUGUCACUGACUGCUGUGAACGGUGUUUCCAUGGAAACGGCCGCCACCAUUUGGCCUACAUUAGAGGCAGCUUUCCCCUCCCUCUGUUUUUCAGACACCUGCCCCCCCCUCCUAAGGAGGCAGUGGGGCAGCGGAGGGGCGAGGGUCACUGAGAGGAAGCCCGAAGCUGCGGACAGGAAGAAGAAAAACGGAGCGACAUUCACAACAGAACACAAAGCAAAACUGUCAAAGUUCUUGUUCUGGACUGUGCGUUCUGUGACCAGUUUAUAAUCUCUGCUGUUUUUGUGCACAACAGCUGCUUUACAUUUUUUUUUCCUUUUGAGUGGGGGGCAGAGAGCACAAAAAGGGAUCGGUUUGAAACCGUUUCCGGUUGGGUUUCUUUGCUCUCCUGUUUUUGCCGUACUGAAAAUAUCUAUUUAUUCCUGCUGUGUGUGCGGUCGGUCGGAGAGCAGCAGCAGCCAACAACUCUGCUCUGAAAGAGCUUCUCUCUUCAUGUUUUUCAUUAUAGUUAUUUAAACCUUUAAACAGUCAUAAUGUGACUUUUUUAUGCUCGUGUAUUAACAUGAGGGCUCUACAUGGCUAUUUCUAACAUCUUUCUUUCUCCAUUAGGGAGCGGUGCGUAAACUUUUAACCAUGAGCUGAUUUUUAAACGUGUAGCAAAAGUCACAGCCUUUUAAUUGACAAAGUGAAAUAGAAAGCAGGUUUUCACAUGUUUAGACACUUUUAUUUUCUAACGUACAUUCCAAAUCGCUGUGCAUCGCUCCAAUGUCCUCGUCUGACGCAAUCUGCUCCUCCCUCGUCAUCAUCACGGUCUUAGACCAACCAAACCUUCACUGUGUGAUGUAAGCCCAGGGAUACAUGUAGUCUCUCUUCAUUCUUUCCAUUCGCUUUCCGCCUGCAUGUUACCAAAAUGCUCACGGUCAGUGCUAGUUCAAAAGGCUCAGGGCCGCAUUAUUGCCAAUUGUUCAACUUAAUAAUCAGAGACUUUUUUUUCUUUUUCUUUUUUUAAGUAGUCCAUCAUUGUGGUUUGUUUGAAAUUAAAGCAAGCAACUGCCCAUUUUACUCACAGUAAAUGUUUCUAUUGUAAGGUGUUUUUCACUGUAUUAUAAAUACUGCAAUGGUUGAAAUUGGGAUGGAGAUUGUAUUACAUAAAGGCAAUUCUAUCCAAUGUCAUUUUUUUAACAUUUCAAAUUAUGUUAGCAGGGUAGUGUAACCUUUGUUAGUUUUUGUUUAAAAGUGACAACUUUGAAAAUGAAUGUAUAUGUUGAUGUAAUUUAGAUUUAACAAAUUAGUUUUACAAUUUCUUCUUUUGAAUUAUGUCUAAACAUCAAAGGAGGGGGGGGUGAAAAGAGUUGCAGUAUUGCAGACGAACUGAACUAAAGAAACUGACGUGAUGUGGGACAUUUUCACCACAGACUUAUUCUUCAUACUUUUAUUUCAACAUCAAGCUGUUUCAUUAAAAAAAAAAAUUCCUUAUCUAGUUUUACACAAUUUGAAGUGAAAAUUUCUGGGUUGGCAUAUUGUAACCCUUGUGCUAUCCUAGGCACUUUACCAUUGGGAGGUGGGUCAUCUAGACCCACUAGACAGUGCGCUUAAUCUUUUUUCUUCAAUGAUUUGUGAACCUCACUGGUGUCCAUGGAUUACAUGGAAUCCUCUCCACCUUUAUCCACCUUUGUCAUGGUAGGGAUAACAUGUCAAUGUAAGGAUCAGGUCAUCUGGAGCCCAUAAGAUAGCACAAGGGUUGUCCUAACUUAAAAAUUAAAUUUAAUGUGAAAUGAACUUUUUCAUUUCUAGAUUCAAAAAUUAACUUGCACCACCUAAACAUAAAAAACCAAACAGAUUAUGCCAGAAAAAGAUCAUUGUUUCUGAACUGAAAGCUAAACACCAGGUCACACGGAGUACAUCUGUGUGUGGUUUAACAGAGACCCCAGAGGACGGAGGUUUUUUUUGUGUGUGUUUAAUGUUCCUGCUCUUAGAUAUGACGCCUGUAUGAUGUUCUCUCUGACAUGAAUCCAGAGAUACACUUAAGCCAUAUGAUCGAAGAUCCAAACUGUCUGGAGUUGCGGCUUGGCGUCCUAAACUCUAAAGCAUCUUGUUCCAUCUUCCCGAUUUUAAUCCCAAAGCUGCUUUAUGUUACAUUCACUUUUUUUUGUGAGAAGGACAAAUGGUUUCUGAGCGCUCGUCUUCGCGUGCAGCGCUUUUCUUUUUUGCCGUGCCUUCAUCUGCAUAUACGUCUCAUUAAAAGUGCAUCCUGCAGUCAUGGUGUGCUCAUACAGACAGACAGACCUGUAAUAAAAACUAAUCCAGCAGAAUAACAACAUUGUGGGUGCACAGUGCACUUGAUUGUAUCUUUUUUGUUUCCAGUUUUGUCUCCUUUGCUUGUUAAAAAUUUGUUUGCCUUCAUGUAAAUGUGCCUAAACUGCAGAGAGAAACGUUAAUUUUAAAUUUUGCUUUUCAUACGAAACAUACUCGAGCCUAAAAAGUAAAUAAAAUAAUCACUGCUUUAUACA